AUGGCCAGCGAGAAAGAGCCACAGUCUGACAGUCAGCCGCGGACCGUUGGCAAGACCGUGGCCGAGAAGUACGCAGAUGUCACUUUGCGACUCAUCGAGGACCAUGGCGAUGACUUUGGGCCGCUCACUCCUGAAAAGGAGAAAAAGCUGCGCAGAAAACUUUAUCUUCACGUAAUGGUUUUAGUGUCGGCUAUCAACUUCAUGCUGUUUGUCGACAAAUCUACGUUAGGCUACGCUGCAAUUCUGGGGCUUUUCACGGAGACUGGCAUUUCGAAACAUCAAUACAACAAUUUGAACACAUUCUUUUAUGUCGGCUACCUCGCCGCCCAAUGGCCGGGCCACUACAUUAUGCAACGUCUACCUUUCGGCAAGACGGUUGCCGUUCUCGGUUUUGGGUGGGCUGUCGUCCUGCUGCUGCAUUGCGUGGCGGUAACAUACGGCGGUCUCAUUGUUGUUCGUCUCCUCUUAGGUGCUGUGGAAGCCGUUAUUGUUCCUGCCAUGGAAAUUACCAUAGGCAUGUUUUUCAACCGUGAAGAGCAGUCAUUCCUACAACCCAUAUUUUGGAUCACAUGCCAGGGUGCUCCUAUCGUUGCUGGUUUCAUCUCGUACGGUGUGUUGUGGAGCAAGAGCUCCGUACUCCCCUGGAAGAUCUUCAUGAUCAUCACCGGCGGCUUGACGCUCCUGCUCUCCAUCUGGGCUUGGUUCUGCUAUCCGAACAAUCCUGCCGAAGCGCGCUUCUUGACCCUCGAGGAAAAGGUUCAAGUUAUCCGACGCGUCCACGGAUCGAGCCAGAGCUCGAUUGAGGAGAAACACUUUAAAAAGGAGCAGUUCUACGAGACCUUGCGAGAUCCUGUGUCCUGGCUAUUUGCGCUCCAAGCCUUCACGCUGAUGUAUUCGAACAACCUCACAUAUGGACAGCAAAACCUUCUGACCACUUCACUGGGCGUAUCCACCCUUGGCUCGACCCUCGUCGCUUGUGCGGGCGGUGGCUUUGGUGUUGUCCUUUGCAUCAUUGCCGCUAUAGCCCUCCGCAAAUUCCCUGGCAACUUAGCUUUCCAUGGUCUUUUCUGGUGUAUUCCUGCAAUAGCCGGUGGUAUUGGAAUGGUUACAAUUGACUGGGAUAAGAAACUCGCCUUGCUGGCUUGUCUGCUCUUGGCAGGUCAUACAUACGGUAUUAAUUACAUAAUCGGCCUCGGUUGGACGACGUCGAGCGCGGCGGGUUACACCAAGAAGAUGAUGCGCAAUGUCAUGUUCAUGCUAGGUUAUAGUGUUGGAAAUCUCGUGUCACCUCAGAUCUGGGUGCCUUCGGCUGCACCGCGAUACUACGGCGCGUGGGUUUCUAUGGUGGUAGUGGCCUGGGCUGGUACGCCGGCCAUUCUAUUCAUCAUCCGCUUUAUACUCAAGCGUCGUAAUAAAGAGAGGCAGGAAUGGAUUGCCUCGUUGAGUGAAGACGAAAGAGACCUCGGUCGCGUCGAGCAGCUGGAUGAGAAUGGGGAGCUAGUUGUCAGAAAAGUUGAGAUUGCCUUGCUGGAUUUGACGGACCUUGAGAACAAGUUCUUCAUCUAUCCUUUGUAG